AUGUUACAAACUUUCAACCUAACAAUUUUUAAAAUAUCUAAAAGAUGGUUUCAACAUGGAAUAAAAUUUUAUAAACUUUCUUCAUUAACUCAAACUUCUAACAUAAAAACUGAUAAUCUAAUUUUCGAAAGAUUUAUUAAAACGCGAAAAGUAAUAGCAUGGAAUGAAGAAGAAAUAAAACGAUUACAUGACGCAGUUGCAAAACAUGGACCCAGUUGGAAAACGAUUUGGGAAAAAUAUUUUAAACCACAUCGUACCCCUCGAUUAUUAAAUCAAAAGUGGCGUGUGUUAAAUAUGAUUAAACAAAGACCAUCUUAUUAUAAUCCUUGGACACCUGAAGAAGAUGAGAUAUUAAAGAGUGGAGUAGCAAAAUAUGGAGUCGGAAAAUGGAUAGAAAUAUCUAAAUUGUUUAAACAGAGAGAUAGUUUACAAAUUAGAUCACGUUGGAAAGUUAUCUCGUCCAAAACUCGUGGAAAAUGGACACCAGAGGAAGAUUCAAGACUUUUGGAAUUGAUUAAAAUACAUGGCAAUAAAUGGACAAUGAUUGGAAAAACUUUUAAUCGAUCUCCAGAUGAUGUUUAUCUGCAUUAUUUUUAUCUUAAUAGAGUAAAGUGGACAAAGGAAGAAGAUGAAAAACUUCAUGAUCUAAUUAAAAAGUAUGGGGAAGAUUGGAAUAUUAUUAAAAAAGAUUUCCCAAAGAGGAGUUUCUAUGAUAUAAAGCUUCGAUACAUAAAAUAUCCAAGAACAAAUCCUAAUAUUAACGUAGGUAAAUGGAAAUCGGAAGAGAUUACAGCAUUCUACAAAGCAUUUGUUGAAUUCGGAAAGAAAUGGAAAUAUGUAGCAGAUUCAAUUGGAACUAGAACACCAAAUCAAUGUUCUCAGUAUUAUUAUAGAAAACAUUGUUCAAAAAAAAAAAUAGAUAUCAAGUAA